AUGGCCACCCUUGAAGACAAGUCCCUUUGGGAGACAACCCCAGAGGAGGAAGUCCUUGGAGCAGACAUCUUGAAGGCCAACACGGAAGAAAUCGUUAACAGGACACGACUCUUGGACAACGACAUCAAGGUCAUGAAGAGCGAGAAUAAGCGCUUGGCAUACGAGCAGCUUUCAAUGAAGGAGAAGAUCAAGGAAAACAAGGACAAGAUCAAGCUGAACAAGCAGCUGCCAUACUUGGUUGGCAACGUUGUUGAGUUGCUCGAUAUUGACCCAGAGGAUGAAGAGGACGAGGAUGGUGCCGCUAUGGACCUGGAUGCCAACAGGAAGGGCAAGUGCGCUGUCAUCAAGACCUCUACAAGACAGACAAUCUUCUUGCCCUUGAUCGGAUUGGUCGACCCUGCGACUUUGAAGCCUGGCGAUCUCAUUGGAGUCAACAAAGACAGCUUUUUGAUUCUCGAUACCCUGCCCACGGAAUACGAUUCUCGUGUCAAGGCUAUGGAGGUCGAUGAGAAGCCCACAGAGCACUAUAACGAUAUCGGAGGACUGACCAAGCAGAUCGAGGAGUUGGUCGAGGCCAUUGUCCUCCCCAUGACGCACGCAGAGCGCUUCAAGAACUUGGGUAUCAAGCCUCCCAAGGGUGUGUUGAUGUAUGGACCUCCCGGUACCGGAAAGACCCUGCUGGCCCGUGCUUGCGCCGCUCAGACUAACGCCACAUACCUCAAACUCGCUGCAACCUCGUUGGUUCAGAUGUUUAUUGGAGACGGUGCCAAGAUGGUGCGCGAUGCUUUUGAUUUGGCCAAGGCCAAGAAGCCCACCAUCAUCUUUAUCGACGAGUUGGAUGCCAUUGGAACAAAGCGUUUCGACAGUGACAAGACCGGAGAUCGUGAGGUCCAAAGAACUAUGUUGGAGUUGUUGAACCAACUGGACGGUUUCGGCAGUGACGACGGCAUCAAGGUUAUUGCUGCAACGAAUCGUAUUGAUAUUCUGGAUCCUGCCCUGCUUCGCUCUGGUCGUUUGGACCGCAAGAUUGAGUUCCCAAUCCCCAACGAGGAGGCUCGUGCAGAUAUCUUGAGGAUCCACAGUCGAAAGAUGAACGUGUCGGAGGACGUCAACUGGGCCGAGUUGGCGCGCAGCUGUGACGAGUUCAACGGAGCACAGUGCAAGGCUAUUUGCGUUGAGGCCGGUAUGCUUGCCCUCCGUCGCGGUGGCAACCAGCUCAAGCACGACGACUAUCUGAUGGGUAUCGCAGAGGUGCAGGCCAAGAAGAAGACCAGCCUCCAGUACUACGCUUAA